UUAAACACGCUAGACUUGCGAAGAAUUCAGGGCAGUUCGUGAGUAACAUGUUUGAUAUGGACGAGUAGCUAGGGAGUACUGAUCUGUCCUUGAAAUUUGACCCUCGCCGGCGAUCAAAAGGUGGUCUUCGCGCGGAAAUUUCACAUUAUGACACCAAAAUCUGAUUGGCUAGUCUCUACAUUCCUCAAAUUCAUUCAGGCAUAUCGUCUUUCCCGUGGCGAAUUCCCUGAGCUUCUGUUGUCGCUUUUCUUCAGCCAUAACAUCAUUCCUGGGACAAUUUUUCUUUCCUUUGAUCGUUCGUUUACCUUUGCUAGUACGGUGUGAGACGAACUGACGCACUGAAGACUUUACUGUUCGAUCAAAGAGGGUAAAUUUCUGUGAAAGCACUCACCGCUGGAAUCUUGACAACUCAAUUCAAGGUGGUUGUAAUUUUCAUGCUUUGUGCAAGAUCGGAGCUUCUGUCUAGAUAGUUUGGUCCAAACUCUGCGACAGUAAUUCGUUCUCUUACCUCUUCAAGGCAAAGGAUCUUAGCUUUCGGAAGAAGAAGAUUCUCGACUUUGAGUUGUGGGUGGCACGUACAAAACAUUUGUUUUAGCACUUCACAGAGAAGAAAAUCCUCCUGGCUUUCCUGCACGUGGGAACAUAAUGGCAAAGUUUUGGAGAAUUGCUUCGAUUGUACUGCUUUGUUUAGUUUAUCAAGUUAUCAGUCAAAAUGGCAACACCCAAUGUGACAGGCGUAGUUGUUACCCAGCCACUGGGGACCUUUUGAUUGGUCGUGCUGAUCAGCUGAUAGCCUCCUCAACAUGCGGCAUGGAUGGUCCCGAGGACUACUGCAUUGUGUCUCAUCUUCAAGAUAAUCCAGAGGAGUGUUUUGUCUGUGACGCGACUAUUCCAAAGCUAAGCCAUGAACCGAGGAAAAUGAUCUCAAAUUUCAAUGGAAGAACAGAGAAGACCUGGUGGCAAUCACAAAAUAUCAAAGAAGAUGUGUACCUUCAGCUUGAUCUGGAAGCUCAGUUUCACUUUACUCACAUGGUAAUGACGUUCCGCACAUUCCGUCCCGCUGGCAUGGUUAUUGAACGGUCAUGGGACUAUGGCAGAAACUGGAAUGUUUAUCGAUACUAUGCUGCAGACUGUAAGCAGACAUUCCCUGACAUUCCAAAUAGGCCACAGGAAGAUGUGGAUGAUGUUGUGUGUACAGAGGAUUUCUCAUCAGUAGAACCAUCGUCAAAUGGAGAGGUCAUCUUCAGGGCACUUAAUCCUCAAAUCCCAGUGAAGAACCCAUACAGUGAAAAAGUCCAGAACUUGCUGAAGGUGACCAACAUACGGAUCAACUUCACCAAGCUACACACCCUGGGAGAUCUGGUACUUGAUCCAACCAAACCAGAAGCCAGACUUAAGUACUACUAUGCAGUGUAUGAUCUGGUGAUUCGAGGAAGCUGUUCAUGUUAUGGACAUGCUGAGCAGUGUCUUCCACUGCCAGGAGAACCUGAUACUCCUGGAAUGGUACACGGACAGUGUGACUGUGCUCACAACACAGAAGGAAAGAACUGUGAGCGUUGCAAAGCAGGUUAUAAUGACAGACCAUGGAGACCUGCAACUGCUGAAGACUCCAAUGAAUGUAGAAGGUGUGACUGUAACGGCCAUGCUGAGGAAUGCAGGUUUGAUCCUGCUGUAUUUGCUGCAUCUGGUAAUGUUAGCGGCGGUGUCUGUGUCAGCUGUCUACACAACACUGUCGGCCGCAAGUGUGAGAAGUGUAAGCCAUUACACUUUCAGGAUCCUAGCAAGGACUUCAGGGAUCCAGAUUCUUGUAUCCCGUGCAACUGUGAUUCUGUGGGAGGGGUGAGUGGAGGAGAAUGUGAGGGGAAAAAUGACCCUGAAGCAGGCUUGGAGGCCGGCCGCUGUAUUUGUAAGACAAAUGUUGACGGACAAAGGUGUGAUCGUUGUAAACCAGGAUUCUGGAAUUUAAGAAGAGAUGAUCCUGAUGGAUGUAAAGCUUGUGGCUGCAGCUCAGAUGGCACCAUUGGUGUCUGUAACCCAAAGGACGGCAAGUGUCUGUGUAAACGGUUUGUGAUGGGAGCAAGGUGCGACCGCUGUCAGCCUGGCUACUGGGGACUGGGCGGGAGUUCGUUCGGAUGUGAAUCAUGUGAGUGUGACGUAGGCGGCUCGUACGAGAGGAACUGUGAACAAGUCAAGGGACAGUGUCGCUGCCGUAAGGGCAUCACGGGAAGGCGUUGUGAUCAAGUGCAGACAGGAAACUUCUUUCCCUUACCAGACCACUUGAAAUACGAAUCUGAGGAAGCAAAAAUCGUUGGGGGAGAAACCAACGGUAAAGUUGUUUCAAGGGAGCCGAAAGCAGGUGAUGUUGUCACGUGGACUGGUGAUGGGUUUACAGAAGUCAAAGACAAAGCGACUUUGGAAUAUGCUGUUACUAAUGUGCCUUACACUGGAGAGUACAACAUCUUAGUGCGAUAUGAACCAAAGGAUUCCGGACUGUGGAAAGUUGACGUCAAAAUAGAGCGCAUCGACGGGCUCCCCUUGACCAGCGGUAAAUGCCAAAACGCAACUAAUGCCCAGGACCCCGACUAUGGGAACUUCUCGGCCAUACUACCCACACCACGUCGUUAUGUUCUUAUGCUGCCAAGUGUUUGUAUGGAGAAAGAUGUGGCGUACGUAGUGAAGGUCACUUACAGCCGUGACGAGUCUAACAGAGAUGGUGUGGGAAGUAUCUUGACAGACGCGAUGGUUCUUGUACCUUACGAGGAGUCCGUGUCCAUCUUUCAAGGACCUGAUGGCGAACAGCGCAAAAAGUUGUUUAACCGUUUUGACUGUCUGGAUUAUCAUCUGUCAGCUUCAACGCCACGGCCAGUUCUACCAGAUGUCUGCAAACAGCUCAUCUUUGCCAUGUCGUCAGUUAUCUAUGAUGGCGGAAAGCCAUGUGACUGUGAUCCCACGGGCACGAGGCGGGACGUGAACGGGACGCUGAUUUGUGACUCUGUUGGAGGUCAGUGUCAAUGCAAGGAGAAUGUGAUGGGUCAGAGGUGUGACCGCUGUGCACCAGGAUCGUACGGAUUUGGAUCGCAGGGCUGCAGUGCUUGUAACUGCGAUAGAGUUGGCGCCUCGGAUAAUCUUUGUGAUUUGCAGACAGGCGAGUGCUCCUGCAGAAUCAAGGCAGGCGGACGGCAGUGCAACCUCUGUCCUCCCCGUAACUGGGAUUUUCCGGCCUGUCGACCGUGCCGCUGCAACGGACAUGACACGUCAAACUGUCAUCCUAGGACUGGCGUGUGUCUAGACUGUCAACACAACACGGCGGGCAAAAACUGCGAAGUCUGUGCCACUGGUUACUAUGGUGAUGCGACAGUUGGGACGCCAAACGAUUGCCGACGCUGCCAGUGCCCCGGCGGUAGCAGUGGAAACCAGUUUAGUAUCACCUGUCGAUUAAGUGGAGCGGGAUCUUCCAUCUGUGACGCCUGCGAAGUCGGUUACAAUGGAACACAAUGUGAAGAAUGUGCCGACGGUUACUAUGGAAACCCACUCGUCCCAGGCGGCCGCUGCCAGCCGUGCUCGUGUAACAACAACAUUGAUCCGGCAAAUUUCGGCAACUGUGAUACACUUACUGGAAGAUGUCUUGCUUGUUUGUACAAUACCGCAGGCUUUAGCUGCGAGCGCUGUAAAUCGGGUUACUAUGGUGACGCCAUUGCUAGGAAUUGCACAGAAUGCGUUUGCAACAGCAAUGGCACGGAUCCCGGUCUUAUUGACACGUGUAAUCACGAGACAGGCCAGUGCAAGUGUCUCCCAAACGUCAUCGGGACUCAGUGCGACAAGUGCGCCGACGGGUUUUGGAACCUGGGCAGCGGGGAAGGCUGUAAGAAGUGUGACUGUUGUGGAGAGGGCUCGACUCAAGCCACCUGUAGUGAGGAUGGUGGUCAGUGUAAAUGCAAACCUGGAUAUGGAGGCUCCCGUUGCUGUGACUGUGAGAACGGCUACUGGGGAACACCGCUGGCAAAUUGCAAACCGUGCGACUGCAAUCUGGCAGGAUCCGAGUCUCUCCAGUGUGACCGUGACACAGGAAAAUGCCAGUGUAAACAGGGCAUGAUUGGAGACAAGUGUGACCAGUGUGACGCCGACACAGCCGGCAAGAUGCCGCAAUGCGAAGUCUGCGGUGGCUGUUAUUACCAAUGGAAAGUCACGUUAGACUCCCUGUCACGCAACAUUAGCGUUGAGAUUUCAAGGGCUUAUAACAUCUCCCUUACACCCAACCAGCCAGUUGGAAAUAUUAAUGCCUACAGCAAGGAACUGCAAGAGCUGGAAGACAAAUUGAAAAAAGUAGAAAUGAUACUGGAAACCCAAGCAACAACUGCAAAUGACACAACAGUAAUCGAAAAGGAAUUAGAUUCUGUGAACACGCAAUUGGAAACCCUACAGGAGAGGGUAGAAAAAAUGGACGAAGAGUUGAAUUCAACUGAGAUGCGAACCUCCGAAGCCAACAUCGAGAUCGAGGAACUUCGUCAGAGACUCGCCGAUCUUCUUCGAAACGGGACGCGGCUACAAACAGAGAUGGAGAAGAUAUUUCGUUCGGACAUAGAAGGAGCAUACGAAAAGAUUUUGGAGAAUCAUGUGCGUUCGCGUGAGGCUGAGGCAAAGGUGGAUGAAUCUAUGAGCAUUAUUGACAUGUCGCAGCAACAGAGGAAUAAAACAGAGAACCUUAUCGCUGGCCCGCCUUCAUUUAGCAACAAACACGACGAAAACACCGCUUCCCUUUUCGACAUCAGCGAAAAGUUAAGAGAACUUCUGGAACAAGUUGACAUUCUCAAUGGAAUCGUUUGUGGGCCUCCCAUGAGUCAGUGUGGCGGAUGCGGCGUCCUUAAUUGUUCGACGUGUGGUGGGCCCGGGUGUGAUGGCUCCAGGGACUUGGCCGCGGACGCGUUAGAGAAAGCCAUCGAGGCUGAAGAGGCUCAGCGAAUGAGAGAGUUAAAAGCAAAGGAAAAAUUGGAGGAAGUAGAGGACGCUGAAAUCAUGGUAAAUAUGACCCUAGAAGCCGCUGACCAGGCAAUGAUGAGGGCCAUGGAUGCUGACCAGCGAGCAAAAAAUGCAAGUGCCCGUAUGGAUCAACUCAUACAGGACAUUUUGGACUUCCUCAGCCAAAUGUUUGGCGACACAGACAAAGUACAAGAAGUAGCCGACAGUGUAAAAAAACUUAAACUGUCUGUGACUCCAGAGGAGGUAGCCAAGCUUGCAGAGGAUAUUAAGAAAGCCUUGAAUUCGUUAACGGGUAUAGAUGACAUAUUAGAGGAAACCGAAGAGAGGUUAAACAUCGCGGAUGACUUGAAGGGAAGAGCUGAAAAAGCUAGAGCGAAAGCAAAGGCAGUGACUGACGUCAUUGCGGACAUCACAGAUGUUCUCGCAAAGGCUGCUGGGACUCAGAAAGCGGCCGAGGACGCCAUUGACGCGACUCAAGAUGAUAUUAAAAUGGCGGAAGAUAUUCUAAAUCAACUUCUUGCAGCUCUGGAUUCCUUAGAGAAGGCCGUGGACACAGCACAAGCGAAUGUUACAGACAUGGCGUCAAUGGUGCCAAUGGUAAAAGAGCAAUUUCAGAAGAACCAAGAGCAGCUUGCUAUCACGGAGCAGAAUGCGAUGGAUGCUCACAAUCAGUCGCAAAUAGCUAAUCGGGUUAAUGUACAAUUAUCCUGCUAA